UGGUAUGGCCUUCAGUCUAUCGUCGUGCAAGGCCUUCACCCCUACAACCACAACAGCAACCGUCGUCUCCCAAUUUCCAGAUAACCCUAAAACCUUGAUAUUAGAACAAUGCAAAACCUUCAGAGACGCCAAACAAAUCCACGCCCAUGUCAUCAAAACUGGCCACUUUCUCAACCCCAUUCUCGCCGAACACCUCCUCGAGUCUUCCUCUAUCCUUAUCCCUGGAAGCAUGGAUUACGCCCUUUCCAUUUUCCGUGCGAUCGAUGAUCCCAACCCCGCAGCUUACAACAUCUUGAUUAGAGGGUUCACCUUGAAAUCAUGCCCUGAGAAUGCCAUUAUGAUCUUCAAGCAAAUGCUUGAAAGCUCAGUGGACCCCAAUACGUACACUUUCCCCUGUGUCUUGAAAGCUUGUUCCAAAUUAAAAGCAUUGAAAGAGGGUGAGCAAAUCCACGGCCAGUUAUUCAAAUUUGGUUUUGGGUCUCAUGAGUUUGUUCAGAAUACUUUGAUCCACCUAUAUGCAAACUGCGGCAGAGUCCAAGUUGCUCGCCGGGUGUUCGAUGGAAUGCUUGUGAAAGGUGUCAUUACUUGGAAUUCUAUGUUUGCGGGUUACACUAAGAGUGGGUGCUGGGAGGAAGUGGUGAAAUUGUUUCAUGAAAUGUUACAGUAUGAUGUUGCGUUUGAUGAUGUUACUAUGAUUAGCGUCCUGAUGGCCAGCGGAAGGUUGGGUGACUUGAAAUUGGGGGAACUGAUAAAUGAUUCUAUAGAGACGAAGGGCUUGAAGGGGAAUCUCAAUUUGAUCACUUCUCUUGUUGAUAUGUAUGCAAAAUGUGGUCAAGUAGAUACCGCACGGAGGUUGUUUGAUGAGAUGCCACGACGAGAUGUUGUUGCCUGGAGUGCCAUGAUCUCUGGUUACAGUCAAUCAAACCGAUGUAGGGAGGCGCUCACUCUAUUCCACCAGAUGCAAAAGGCAAAGGUGGAUCCUAACGAGAUUACUUUGGUCAGUGUUCUUUCUUCUUGUGCUGUCAUGGGAGCUUUUGAAACGGGAAAAUGGGUCCAUUCCUUUAUAAAGAAGAAGAGAUUGCAGCUCACCGUUACACUUGGGACCGCACUAAUGGACUUCUAUGCAAAAUGUGGGUCUAUAGAUAAUUCACUUGAAGUGUUUGAGAAGAUGCCUUCAAAGAAUGUCUUAUCCUGGACAGUGCUAAUCCAAGGUCUUGCUAGCAAUGGUCAGGGAAGAAAGGCCCUAGAGUUCUUCUCUUUGAUGCAGAAGAAUAAUAUUGAACCAAAUGACGUGACUUUUAUAGGUGUCCUCUCUGCCUGUAGUCAUGCUGGCCUCGUCGAUGAGGGUCGAGGAUUUUUUGUUAGUAUGAACAGAGACUUUGGCAUCGAACCAAGGAUUGAGCACUAUGGUUGUAUGGUUGAUAUUCUCAGUCGAGCGGGUCUUAUUGAAGAGGCAUAUCAAUUUAUAAAAAACAUGCCAAUUGAACCUAAUUCCGUUGUCUGGAGAACACUCUUGGCUUCAUGUAAGGUUCAUAAAAAUGUUGAAAUUGGGGAAGAAUCUCUGAAACAACUCUCUAGACUGGAUCCCACUCAUAGUGGAGAUUAUAUUCUCUUAUCUAAUAUUUAUGCAUCAGUGGGCUGGUGGGAGGAUGCAUUAAAAGUAAGAAGUCUGAUGAAAGAGAAGGGAAUCAAGAAGACUCCAGGGUGUAGCUCAAUUGAGUUGGAUGGGGUGAUUCAUGAAUUUUUUGCAGAAGAUAGUUCCCAUCCACAAUCAAAGGAGAUUUAUGGUGCAGUUGAGGACAUUAUUAAGCGAAUUAAGUCUGCUGGUUAUGUGCCAAAUACAGCAGAGGCAAGAUUAGAUGCAGAGGAACAUGGAAAAGAAGCAUCAGUGUCCCACCAUAGUGAGAAGUUGGCUAUUGCCUUUGGUCUUAUUAAAACUUCACCUCGAACCACAAUUAGAAUAUCUAAGAACCUCAGAGUCUGUACUGACUGCCACACCGCAACGAAGAUGAUAUCAAGAGUAUAUAAUAGAGAAAUUGUUGUCAGAGAUCGUAAUCGUUUCCACCAUUUCAAAGAAGGGUUGUGUUCUUGCAACGACUACUGGUAAGCUGUUUCUAUGGCUUUGCCUAAUAAGAUGUUUUGUAGAAUCAUCGAGGAAUGCUGUGUUUUACCAUAUGCCAAAGAAGCUUGACGCAUUUGUAAAGUUCAAGCAUGCUCGGAGCCUAAUAUUUCAUGAACAUAUCUUUGAUCUUAGGAUGACCCACCACCAUUUGAUGAGUUAUGAGUCCCAUUGAGGCAUGCUAGUAUGGUAGUGAAAAGACUGUAGUUGGACAUUUAGUAUGAUUUAAUUUCUUUU